AUGACUUCCGGUACACUCCCGCUGAACACCUACCACCGUGCCUCUCAGAUUGGGUCGGGAACCUUCGGUUCGGUUGUAACGGUAUACAACGAAGAAGGCAACCAAUUUGCCCUCAAAAUUUUUCUCAAAGAAGAUGAAGACGAUGAAGAAAGGAGCGAGAUUCUGAAUCUGGGGGCUAUGCGAGAAAUAUCGAUUCUAAGGCUAUUGAGACACGAGAACGCUCAUCCAAAUAUUAUUGCGAUGGUUGACGUGCAACCCGGGUUUUGCGACGACGACACCACUGGUGCAGGUACCGCGGGCUGUUUAGGUAUGACGCUUCCACUUUAUCCUCUCGGCAGUCUUGAGUUGGCUAUAUCUAAGAGACUACUAUGUACGCGAGAAAUGAAAAUAAAAGUUGUACACGGUUUGCUCUCGGCCGUCACCUACCUACAUGACAAUGGUAUUAUUCACCGAGAUAUCAAAAGCGACAACAUUCUUCUCGAAGAAGAUGGCGACAGCUACAGGCCCGUCUUGAUCGACUUUUCGCUCGCCAAGAUUGUUUCUUCCGUUGAAAUUGACGACUCGGUGAAGCAUACAGGAGAAGUAGGUACGGUGACCUACACAGCACCCGAGAUCGUUGCCGGCGAAUUGUACGGAGCUAAGUCUGAUAUUUGGAGUGCAGGUGUUGUCAUUCUUGAAUUACUC